UUCAAGUGAUGAUGUGAUGUAUGUGAAUGUUAUGUUACACAGAAUUUGUUAUGUAGUAACAAUCUGAUUUCAUUUAUUAACUUUCUUUUGUUAUUGUAGGUGCGACUGGUGGAAUAAUUUUCUUUGAAUCUAGUUGUAGAUUGUAGUAAGAAAAAUGGGAAAACAGAACAGCAAACUCAAACCUGAAGUACUGGAGGAUCUUAGACAAAAUACUGAAUUUUCUGAUGCGGAAAUUCAGGAAUGGUACAAAGGCUUCCUGAAAGACUGUCCAAGUGGACACUUAAGUGUUGAAGAGUUUAAGAAGAUAUAUGGGAACUUUUUCCCAUAUGGGGAUGCAUCAAAGUUUGCAGAACAUGUAUUUAGAACAUUUGAUGCGAAUGGAGAUGGGACUAUAGACUUCAGAGAAUUUUUAUGUGCACUUUCUGUCACGUCUCGAGGAAAACUUGAGCAAAAACUAAAAUGGGCAUUCAGUAUGUAUGAUUUAGAUGGAAAUGGGUACAUUUCCAGACAAGAAAUGUUAGAAAUUGUGACAGCAAUCUACAAAAUGGUUGGCUCUGUAAUGAAAAUGCCUGAAGAUGAGUCAACACCGGAAAAAAGAACAGAUAAGAUUUUUCGUCAAAUGGAUAAAAAUAAGGAUGGUAAACUUUCAUUAGAUGAGUUCAUUGAAGGGGCAAAAAGUGACCCGUCCAUUGUCCGACUACUGCAGUGUGAUCCACAAGCACAGUGAGAGGAUUGGUAGAUGGUAACUGAACUUCUGAGGCUUAUAUCAUCAGAAUUGUGCUUAAUUCUGUGCUUGGUCAUGCCCAAUCUUGAACAUGGGCUUUGGUACAAAGAUUAUAACAGACUGAGUUCAGUAAAGAAGAGGGCUGCAAAAGAAGUCCAUUGUUGAAUCAUGUCAUACAUGAAAAUGAUAAUGAACUUCUAACUUCAUUCACAUAAAGUUCUGCCAUUGAAUUGGAAGCAGGUGAACUGUGUUAGUGUGAUUUUGAAGUUUUAUUUAAAUGGAUGGGCGCAGUAUUGCAUGUAAGUGGCACAGUGGCCUGUGUGGCAGAUGGUUUGUGUCAAUUCCCUCUUUAUUCUGAUCAAGUUAGAAUAUGUGAAAAUUCUAUCAGUAAUAUGUUUUUAAAUAAAUUGUUCAUUACAUGCAUAUUCUUUGCACAUAUGUGCAUGUAUGUCAACAGUUUUUAAAAUAAAAUGACAUUCCUUGAUACUCCUUCAAUGAUAUAGCUCUGUUUUUUUGUAUUUGAUGUCUUUCUGACUUGAAUUAAUUCACAAAUCUUUGAAUUUUGGAAAUUAUCAUUGUAUGAAUGUCAUCUGUGCACCUUUAGUUUUCUUGCAUCUGUGUAGUUAUACUGAACUUCUUAAGAAAGCUUAACUGAACAGCUGUGAGUUAUGAAUAGUCUGAAGCAUUGUUGUCUUAUUGGCUGUCAAUUAUGUAAUAGUUCAACUUCAAAUAAAUGUUCAGGUACUUCUGCCUCUCAAUCAUAA